CCGAGGCGGGCCCGGGGUAGUCGCAGAGCUGCGCAUGCUCCGUCUCCCGGCGCGAGUGGCUUGGACCGGUGGCUGCUUCCGUGUGAGGCCCGGCCUCUGGGGCCCGCUGGUGGCGGCGGCCUAGCGAGGUUCGGCGGCUGCUGGGCAGGUGAGAGCCGCGCUGGAAUCUCAGGAGUGUGUUGAAAGAAGAUUCAGGAAAGAUAAGGAAAGGAGAGUGGCAGAUACACUACAGGAGGGUUCACUGAUGCUGAAGUACUAUGAGCGUUCAGAGCUUCUGGAGAGACUACAAAGUUCUGAUUGUUAUGGUACCUUUAGUUGGGCUCAUACAUUUGGGGUGGCACAAAAUCAAAAGCAGCCCUAUAUUCCAGGUACCUAACAAGGACAACGUUCCUGUGCCAGAUAGUCUGUCACUUGCAAGUCCUCCGAAGGACCACGUCCAAAAGAAAUAACAAGGUUGCAUUCUUCAGAAAGAAGCAGCUUUGAAUCUGAGCUUGAUAUUGAAAGAAGAAAUGAAAACUACCAGUUGGAUUAGGAAGAACUGGCUUCUUGUAGCUGGCGUUUCUUUCAUAGGUGUCCAUCUUGGGACAUAUGUUAUACAGUGGGCUGCAAAACAGUCUGUAAAAUCUCAGUCCGGAGACAAACAAAAGAGUAUCAAAGAAUGAAGUAAAAUAAAAUUUGAAAUUACUAUGUCAUUAAAUCAUUUCAUGCUGAUUAGCUUCAUAAACAUGAAGCUUUUAAUUCUAUAACCACAAUGCAUAUCAUUCUUGAAGAAUACUUUUCUAAAAUGUUAAAAUAAAUAGAAAGCUAUGGUUAACAAAAUAAAAGCUGUCUUCACAAAUUACCGCCUGAAGUGAGAUGUCUCGUUUAGAAGCUAAAAAGCCAUCACUGUGUAAAAGUGAACCACUGACAAGUGAGAGAGUCAGGGCCACGCUUUUGGUCUUGAAAGGAAUCGUAGCAUCGUGCUAUGGCCCUUCAGGUAGGCUGAAGCAGCUGCACAACGGCCUUGGAGGCUCCGUGUGCACCACCUCACAGUCGUCAGCCCUGCUCGCUAACCUUUCCGUCACUCACCCCAUUUUAAAGAUCCUGACAACUUCCGUCCAGAACCAUGUGUCAUGCUUCAGUGAUUGUGGCCUAUUCACAGCCAUUCUUUGCUGCAACCUGAUUGAAAAUGUUCAGAGACUAGACUUGACACCCACCACGCUCAUUAAAUUAAAUAAGCAUCUUUUGAACCUCUGCACCAGUUACCUCCAGUCUGAGGUCUGUGGUUGUCGAAUCCCAGUCGACUUUAGUAGUACCCAGAUCCUCCUCUGUUUGGUACGCAGUGUAUUAACAAGUAAACCUGCCUGUAUGCUCACCAGAAAGGAGGUAGACCACAUCAGUACUCUGAUUCUGAGAGCCUUUUUGCUUACAAUUCCAGAAAACGCCGGAGACCACAUCAGUUUAGGAAGUAGUAUAAUUGUACCUUUAAAAGGUCAAAGAGUUGUAGACUCUACUGUGUUACCUGGAAUACUUAUUGAACUGUCAGAAAUUCGAUUGAUGAAGAUACUGCCUGUCAAAAAGUCAGAUUCCCUCAAGGUGGCACUCUUUCGUGUGUCUUUAUCUGGAGACCUUUCCGAUACUGGAGAAGGAAGUGUGGUGGUCAGUUACGGGGUUUCUCUUGAAAAUGCAGUUCUGGACCAGUUACUUAACCUAGGAAGGCAGCUAGUUAGUGAUCACGUAGAUCUUGUCUUGUGCCAAAAAGUUAUACACCCAUCUCUGAAACAGUUUCUCGGUGUACAUCGUGUUCUUGCCAUAGACAGAGUUGGAGCGGCUCUGAUGGAACCCCUGAGUAAAGUGACAGGAACACAGCCUAUUGGUUCCCUUGGCUCAAUCUCUCCUAGUAGUUAUGGAAGUGUGAAAGAUUUGUGCACUGCAAAAUUUGGCUUCAAAUGGUUUCUUCAUCUUAUUCCUAAUGAAGCAACUGUCUGCAGCUUGCUUCUCUGCAACAGAAAUGGCACUGCCUGGGAUGAGUUAAAGCUCACAUGUCAAACAGCACUGCAUGUUUUGCAGUUAACAAUCAAGGAACCGUGUGUCUUGUUGGGAGGUGGCUGUACCGAAACUCACUUGGCAGCCUAUAUCAGACACAAGACUUUCAGUGACCCAGAAAGCAUUCUCAAAGGUAGUGGAUGUACUUCAACAGAACUUCAACUAAUUACUGAAGCAUUUUGCACUGCGCUAGAAUCUCUCACUGGCUCUUUAGAACAUGAUGGAGGUGAAAUUCUCACUGACAUGAAGUAUGGACACUUUUGGUCAGUUCAGGCAGAUUCUCCCUCUGAUGUUAACUGGCCAGAUUUGCUUACAAGAUGUGGCUGCGGACUACACAAUAGCCGGGAAGAACUCAGCUGGUCUUUCUUAAGGACUGCUCGGCAUCCUUUCGCACCACGACCAUGCCUUCCGCAUGAAGCUGUGGGCUCAGCCAACAACCUGACCUUGGACUGUUUCACUGCUAAGCUCAGUGGCCUACAAGUGGCUGUGGAGACAGCCAAUUUGAUUUUGGAUCUUUCAUAUGUCAUUGAAGAUAAAAACUGAUAUAAGGGAAUAGCAUGUUUAUAUUACAAAAACAACUAGUCAGUUGUUAAUUAAGAAGUACUGAUUAUAUUUGUUCUCUCUGCAUUUUUGGAUAGAUGAUCCACAAAAUUAUAGAUUUCUUUAUAUAAGGAAAAAGGGUAUGAUUCUUAAAUAGAAAUACCAUAAAAUAAUAAAAAUGUGAAGCAUUAUUAAAGGUAUUGCAGUUAUCUUAAGGAUUCCACAGAUACCACUGUAUGUUGCUCUAAAUUUUUACUGUUGUUAUUUUGACAUCAUCCUAAGAAUAUACAGAAAUAAAAAAAUUCCUAAUCUA